ACUGAAAGGAAGAAAAUUGUUAACAGGUUGUUCGUGGCGUGUUACUAGAAAUUUGCCAAACAAUAUGUCGAAUAAAUCGAAGAAAACCAAAGAAGAACCGAAGCCGGACAAGGAAACUCAAAUUCAAACCUUGUACGGGGACCUCCAUAGACUUGGGCAGAAACAAGAAUAUGCAAAAGCCAUCAAAAUUUGCAACCAAAUACUUGGCUUGAAAGGAGAUGAAGUGUCUGGUCUCCAGUAUAAAAUAUCAUGUCAGAUGUUAACUGAUCAGUUUGAAAAUGCUCUCGGUUUGAUUCAAAAAAAUAAAAUUACUGGUAUGGAUUUUGAGAAAGCCUAUUGCCAGUACAGAUUGAAUAAAACAAAUGAUGCAUUGAAGACUCUACGUGCUGUUAGUGAACUUGAUUAUAGAAUGAAGGAACUAUUGGCACAAGUGUUGUAUCGUCGAGAAGAGUAUGAGGAAUGCUAUGAUCUUUAUCGAGAUUUGGUCAAAAAUUCUGAUGAUGAUUUUGAUAGUGAAAGACAAACCAAUAUGGCUGCUGUUAUUGCUUCAUUAGAGAUGUGGACAGACAAAACCAUGGAUGAUCCUGGUUUUGAAGAAGAUUCAUAUGAAAUUUGCUAUAAUAAAGCUUGUCAAUAUAUUGGUAAAGAUGAUCUGAAAACAGCAGCUGAUAAACUUAAAAAAGCUGAAGACAUAAUGAGAGCUGAUCCCGAACUAGCUGAAGAUGAAUUAGAAGAAGAAUUAGGACUAAUUCGAGUACAGCAAGGUUAUGUCCUACAACGUGAAAAUAAACCAAAAGAAGCAUCAGAACUCUAUAAUCUGUGUAUGAAAUCAAAGCCAACAGAUUUAGGUUUAUUAGCUGUAGUUUCUAAUAACAUUGUUACUAUUAAUAAGGAUCAGAAUAUGUUUGAUUCUAAGAAGAAAUUGAAAGCUGCAACAGGAGACAAUGUACAACAGAAAUUAACCAAUAAACAAAAAGGAUGUAUUGCUAUUAAUCAAUGUCUGCUAAAUAUGUACGCUGGUCAGGGCGAACAAUGUCAUGAAGUAGGUGAUUCGUUGAUUAAACAAUAUAUUAAUAUUUAUAAUUACAGGGUGAACAAUGUCAUGAACUAG